AUGAGUUUCGGUCUUCCCUCUGUGAAAGUUAAAGCAGAGCACGAUGCUAAUUUGUGCAAACCUAUUAAUGAAGGAUCUUUUGGUGUACCUGAUCCUAUGAUCGCCGGCUUGACUUCAACCCGACACAAGUUGGCUGUAGCACAUCCUCUUCAAGUAUCUGAGAAGAAUUAUUACCUCAAUGAAGAAAAGAUGAACAUGGCAAUGCUAAGAAACAUCCAGGGUCUUCACGCUCCUUUAAAAUUGUCUAUGGAGAAAAAGUUUUCCAGCAAGGUUGGUCGAUUACCAUUCUUGUCAAGCUCAAAUUUUCAGUCCGAAGUGCUGACUGGAAGGUACUUAGACAUUGGUUUUGAAGAUAUCCUCAAUGUACCCGAGCUCUGUGAGGUCGCUGGACAACCACAUGCAGUUGUUGAAAGGUCUUUAGGCAUACUGUGA